AUGUCGAAGAAGACCUCCGAGACACUUUUCACAUCUCUUCUCGCACUAGCGGCGCAUGAUCUGGCCUCCCAGUACCCCAACGAUGACCCCUGGUGUGAAACCUUCAGAAAUAUCUCCGAUGCUCAUUUAAAUAAAGCUCUGGUCCUGCUGGCACAGGAGCUGGGUGACUUGACCCGCUUGCCUCCAACGCAGACAAGCUCAGUCACAACAUUCCAUCUGACUUUAGGGUCUGUGAUGAUGAUCUGCAACAGUGAUUUAUUGAAAGCGCAAACAUCAAGAUGGCGUGUUCAUCUGCUUGCUGCCCGUGAAAUCAUAUUGGCUGGAGCAAAUCGUUCGAGCAUGCAUCAUCCACUUUUUCGGGUCGAAAAGUUUCUCCUGCAAGAGUUUUACUCAACAUCCGUGUGGACGAAUCUCACGAGUUUCAAUCAGAUCGAUGAUAUCUUACUGGACCCGCCGACAAGCAAUGAAGACGCCGUGCUGGUUGACUUUGUCCACGUCAUCCACUCCAUAACCCAACUAGAGCGCCUCAAGACUCGCUCUCGGUUUUCAAAUCUACCACCACCAUCCGCAUUCCAAAUUCAAAACAUUCAUGCACGAAUCGAAUCGGCCAAAUCACAUUGUUUGCACGUCAACCAAACUAUCUAUUUUUGGUCGGAUAUUGAGCGCCAGGACUUCGAACUGGUCGUGCGGAUGUAUUACUACGCUACACUGAUAUACAGUACUCAAGCACUAUCCGAACUACCCACAGCCGACAAAGAUAAAAGUUAUGCCCGUGAUCAAAUCCUAGACUGUCUACAACGGCUGUCCCACACUCGAAACAGAUUACAUUUCACCCAAGAUCUCGUUUGGCCUCUUUUUAUUGCUGGAACAGAGCUCCGCGGAGAUCAACUUGGCCAAAAAAUCAUCGAGAAUGGCUUUAAGACUGUGAUAAACUUGAGCCGGGCCUUGGAUCGGUCUCGUGUUCUGUCGUUUCUGAAGUCUUGGUGGCAUACGUUCGGGGACGAUGUGGUGUCCUGGAUCGAUUUUGCCAGAGCACAGCCCUCGCAAUGCAAUUUCCUCAUAGUUUAG